GCGUCGCGACGCGAGCCCUCCGCGUCCGUCGACUUUGUUGGUCCGCGUUACCCGUCCGCAUCCGGUUCAGGUGUGAUUCGCUCGGCGCGAUACCGGGAGGACCGCGGCAGGAGGGCCUUGACUUGUUACCCUACCCAGCAGGAUAUACCACGACGCGUACGUUCGUCAUCGCAGAAAAGUUUACACGGCACCGAACGCGCCACGACGGCGUAACAGAUUAUCGUAAAUCGACCAAGACGAAUCCUUCUCGUAAACCAUCGCGGACCAUCGGGGUAACGGUGCCCUCGAGAUGCGGUGAUGGCUUUGUUGUAUAGGUUCGCGCAGCUGCACGAUCGCAGUGGCACGCGGGUCUUCUCCUUCGUCGUCACUAGGACCGUCGUGCGCGAUCCUGAGAGGGACGUUACCAGCAAGGAACUAGUAUGCGGUUUUCAGAGAUGGGCCGUCGCCUUUUCGCGCGGGGAAAAGGUCCUGGGCGUGUACUUGGUAUGGCGUGGCGCGUCAAGAAACCUCCGCGUAUACGUCGACUUCACGUUCACGCUGCUGAAUCGGGAGCACUUCUCCAUGAACGAGAGUUUCUCCGGCAAGCGCGUCAAGUUCACCUACGAGGCGCCGGCCCAGGGCAACCGCAGCUACAUCGCCGUGGCGGACCUCUACAGCCGUAAUUUCGCCGACACAAACGGCGAAUUUCAGCUGGAGCUGUCCAUGGCGAACGUGCGGACGGUCUACAUGACGGAGGUCAGGAUGCCGACGUCGGUGUUCUCGGCCGGUCAGACGAAGCCGAGCAAACUGGAGACGGACUACUUCGCGUUCGGCGGUUUCGACUGGAAUCUGGUCAUCUAUCCGCACGGCAAGGACGCGGACGGUCGCGGCCAAGACAGCCGCGUGAGCGUCUACCUGAUGAGAUUGUCGGGUUUCGAUCAUCGGUGCAGGGUAAGGUACAGCUUGGCCUUGGGCGACGGUGACCGGCGGAUAGAUUCCGGGCAAAUCGAGGAUAUAUCCGACGCUGAGGGCUGCGGCUUCGGAUGGCACACGAGAGUCAAAUGGUCCGACAUCGCGCACAAGGGCACGCUCCGCGUGUCGCUCGAGAUGCUCGAGGCGAGGACCAUCUGCGAGGUCGCGGUGCAGGCGCUGGGACCGUCGGUCCUGCCGGCUGCGCCUUGCUACGAUCGCGACAAACAGGCCUGGGCCAUCCGCGCCGAUCUCAACUCUGACACAGUUAGGCUGCACUUGGUGUACAAAGACAUCCAUAAUGUGCCGAGGAAUCAUUUAAGGUAUGUCAGUUGGUCGGCGUAUCUGCUGAGGGGCGAGGGACCAAACGUCGCGGCGAUUGGGCUGCCCGGCGAACCGUUCAGCCGCUACUACGUUCAGGAGUCCGUAGACGAGGGUAUCAUCAUGGAGACGAACGUGGACAUGAAUGAAGUGAAGGAGAAUCACUGUCCCUAUCUUACGGAUAAGGGUCAGCUGAGGAUCCGGCUAGAGUGGAACGAGAGCCACCUGCUUUUUCAGGCGACCUAUCACAAGUACGACGACGUGUGUCGCGUCCACAAUCAGCAGAUGCGACGCGAGAUCGUGUCGCUGCAGGCGGAGAACUACAGCCUGGAGAGGCAGUUGUUCAGCUACCAGAAGAGUCUGGCGUAUGCACAGGCGCAGCAGCAGCAACAGCAGCAACACCCGAAUCAGCAGCAUCACUCGGUGGUGGGUCAUCCGGGUCACCUUGAGCGGUCGGCGUCCAGCGACACCGAAUACGCUUGACAAGUGGAACGCGAGUUACCAACGUCACCAACACCACCGGGUUAUCGGCGUCAAUUGCCGACGGCGGCGAUGCCGGAGGAAGACCA